AUGGCGUCGGGCCUCCCGUACUGCUCCCCCGAUGCCGGCCUGGCCCCUGAGUGCUGCCUGGACGCCUGCGAGCCCGGCCUCGCCUGGCCGACGCCGUGCCCACCGCCCGCCAGCAAGGGCCCCCACCCCCCCUGGUCCAGCCUGCCCACGGACGUGAUGGGCGCGGUGUGCGCGGGGCUGGCCCCGCGCGACCUGUGCUGUGCGCGGCUGGCCUGCCGCGCCUGGUCCGCGUCGCUGUCCCGCACCGUGGCCUCGCUGGCGCCGCGCACGCCGCGGCUCCAGGCGCUGGCCGCCCGCUUCCCCGCUCUGCAGGAGCUGGACCUCCUGGACCUGACGGGGUGUGCGGGGGUGAGUUGCCGCGGCCUGGCCGCGCUGGGACCCGCGCUGGGCCGCCUGCGCCACCUGCGCCUGGGCUCCUGCGGCGCGGGCGCCGCGGGCGAGGCCGACGCCGUGUUGCGCCUGCUGGGCUCCGCCUGCGCCCGCCUGACCGACCUGGACCUGGCGGGGUUUGCGCUCACCGGCGCAGGCCUCCUCGCGCUGGCGCCUCUGGGCGCCAGCCUGGAGACGCUGGGCCUGUGGAACUGCGCCACCGUGCCCGACGCCGAGCUGGGCGCGCUGGCCGCGCUGCCCAGGCUCGCCGACCUCUCGCUGCGCGGCUGGCACCAGCUGACCGACGCGGGGGCGGAGGCGCUGGGCGCGCUGCCCAGGCUCGUGCGCCUCGACCUCCGCGCCUGCGAGCAGCUGCGCGGCGAGGGCCUGGCCGCGCUGGCCGCCGCCGGCGGCCUGCACACCCUGGACCUGCGCCGCUGCCACGCGCUGACCGACGCGGGCGUGGCCGCGGUCGGGCGCCUGGCCUCCCUCCGCUCCCUCCUCCUGGACGGCUGCUGGCAGGUGACGGGCCCGGGGCUGGCCGGGCUGGCAGGCUUGAGGAACCUGGAGCGCCUGUCUCUGCAGGGCUGCCGCGGGGUCUACAUGCCAGACGGCGGCGCACUGCCCGGGCUGGGCGCCUGCGCCGCGCUCCAGUCCCUCAGUCUGCGCCUGUGCGACCGCCUGGCGGGCGGCGCGCUGGGCUUCCUGGCCUCCCUCCCCGACCUCCGCUCGCUGGACCUCAGCAGCUGUCGCCUGCUCACCGGCGAGGACCUGGGCCCCCUGGCCGGCGCCGCCAAGCUCACCACCCUCCGCGCCGAGCACUGCCUGGGGCUGGAGGGCCGCAACGCGCUGGCCGCACUGGGCGCCUGCCCCGCCCUCCAGUCCCUCUUCCUCUGCGGCUGCCGCAAGCUGGAUGGCGCCGCGCUGGGCGCGCUGCGCCCGCUGCGCGACCUGCGCCUCCUCUCCCUCCACGGCUGCCACGGCGUGCCCGGGCUGGAUGCGGGGCUGGACGCCAUGCUGGCCGCCGGGCCGCCCUCCCACCCGUGCCUGGCCACGCUCUCCCUGCAGGGCUGCGACAGCGUGUCCGACAAAGGGGUGGCGGCCCUGGGACGCCUCCCCGCGCUGCGCACGCUGCACCUCUCUGACUGCGCCGGGGUGGAGGGGCGCGGGUUCGGGGCCUGGGGCGCCGCCGGCGACGAUGGCACCGCCCCCCCCCUCGCCGAACUCCACCUCCAGAACUGCGGCGCGGUGAGCGAUGCGGGCGCUGCGGCCGUCGCGCGGCUGGCCUCGCUGCGCGAGCUGCGCCUCAAGGCCUGCCGCGCGCUGACGGAGCAGGGGCUGGCCAGCCUGGCCGCCGGGCUUUCCAACCUGACCACGCUGUCGCUGCAGAACAUGACGCUGACGGACGGCGGCGUGCGGCCCCUGGCCCGCCUUGCCAAGCUGGAGUCCCUGGAGCUCCAGUUCUGGGUCACGGCGCUGACGGUGCUGCAGGAGCUGACGCGGCUGGACCUGCUGUACAGCUGGCAGGUCACGGACAGCGUGCUGGCCGACCUGGCGGCCAUGCCAAAUCUGCGGCGCCUGAACCUGACGGGAUGCCACCGCAUCUCACGGGCGGGGCGGGAGUCCAUCGCCCACCUGCUCCCCACCGAUCGCCAGGAACUGUCCUGA